AUGCGAGACGGACACGUGCGUGUCUGUGGGCAGCGACCUUGUUUUGACGGCUGGAGCAGAAGGGCCUGCCCUAGUGCUCGUCGGUGUUCCUGCUGGGAUCUCAAGCACAAAAGGAUAGAACGACAGCUUGAUUCGUUUUUAAUAUCAGCUGACUGCUGCCCGGAGGAUGCCUCCCAGGUUACAGCAACAUCUGGCCACAAUGUAGAUUUCCCCAGUGGUGAGCAGCCAGGCUCCCAGGACAAUUACAGAGCAAACUUGGCCAAAGGAGUCUCAAUGUCAUUGCCAUCCUCACCCCUGCUGCCACGCCAGUCCUAUCUGAUGCAGGCAAGAGCAAACAAGAAGUCUCCAGGUCCAGUCAGGAAGCCCAAGUAUGUGGAGAGCCCCAGGGUGCCAGGGGAGGCAACCCUGGGCCUGCAGAGGAGACCAGAGAGAGGAGACUCCAUCACCCACGCAAAGCCUGACAAAGACUCAAGCUGUUCACCUGCAGCACAAGAGUUGAUGACAAGACUGGGGUUUUUACUGGGGGAAGGGAUCCCAACUUCUGCUCACAUGGAAGAGAAAAGUGAAGUUAUGUGUGCGGUCCCCAGCCGAGGGGUGAGUCCCUGUUCCACCCUCACCAGCAGCACCACAUCGCCCAGCACCGACAGCCCCUGCUCCACCCUCAACAGCUGUGCUGGCAAAGCUGCAGCCAGCAAGGGUAGUCCCUGUGGCACCAUCAGCACCCCCAGCUCCACCCUGGAGAGCAAGGACAGUGGCAUUAUAGCCACUAUAACAAGUUCGUCAGAAAAUGAUGAUCGUAGUGGAUCCAGUUUAGAAUGGAGUAAGGAUGGGAGUCUCAGAGGUGGAAAACACCAAGGCAUGAGCCGCGAUCGAAGAACAGAUAAUUGUUCACCAGUUGCAGAAGAGGAGGCCAUUGGAUCUUCUGAGAAUUUGCCAAAAGAAGUACCAGCAGGAGAGGGUCCCAUUCCUUACACUCAGAGUUCUGCCUCUUUAAUAAUGCCUCGUCCAAACUCUGUUGCAGCAACAAGUUCAACCAAAUUGGAAGAUUUGAGUUAUUUGGAUGGACAAAGAAGUACUCCUUUACGAACUUCAAUUCGCUUACCUUGGCACAACACCGCUGGCGGGAGAGUGCAGCAGGAAGCUCGUUUCAUCCCCUAUAAGCCUCAGGAUAUUUUGCUGAAGCCGCUGUUGUUUGAGGUGCCAAGCAUAACCACAGACUCGGUGUUUAUUGGAAGAGAAUGGCUGUUUCACACCAUUGAAGGAAAACUGCAGAAUCCUGACCCAGCAGAGAGCAGGGGAGCAGUCAUUACUGGAAAUGUGGGAUUUGGGAAGACUGCAGUCAUUUCACGGCUGGUGGCACUCAGCUGCCAUGGAGGUCGCAUGAGACAAAUAGCCUCCAACAGCCCAAGUUCAUCUAAAACAGGUGGUGACUCCUGUCAGGAGAUUCCCUUGAGCCAGUUCCCCCCAUGUGCUCCUCUAUCAGGUGACACCAGUACAAUGAAGACUCUGACUGGUCCUGGUACUCCUGAAUACAAAAUUCAGACAGGGGAUUCUGUGAGACGUCUUGCUUCAAAGGUGGUUGCUUACCAUUACUGCCAGGCUGAUAACACAUACACGUGCCUGGUGCCCGAGUUUGUGCACAGCGUGGCAGCUCUGCUGUGCCGCUCACAGCAGCUGGCAGCAUACAGAGAUCUGCUCCUCAGAGAGCCUCACCUGCAGAGCAUGCUGAGCCUCAGGUCUUGUGUCCAGGAUCCAGCAGCAGCCUUUCAAAGGGGAGUCUUGGAACCACUUUCAAACCUCAGGAGAGAGCAGAAGAUUCCUGAGGAAGACUACAUAAUUUUGGUAGAUGGUUUAAAUGAUGCUGAAUUUCAUAAACCUGAUUAUGGUGACACAAUUUCUUCAUUUAUCACAAGUAUAAUCUAUAAGUUUCCUCCCUGGCUGAAGCUCAUUGUGACUGUAAGAACUAAUUUCCAGGAAGUGGUAAGUUCACUACCAUUUAUCGAAAUAUCCCUGGACAAUUUUCCAGACAACAAAGGAAUUCACAAUGAUUUGAAUGGUUAUAUUCAGUACAGAAUUAAUAACAGUCAGGAAAUUAUAAACAACAUGUCGUUAAAUGGAAAAGCUGAUGCAGCUACAAUUGGGAAAGUGAGUAACCAUCUGAUCAUGAGAAGCCUGGGAUCUUACCUCUAUUUGAAACUCACUCUGGAUCUUUUCCAAAAAGGUCAUUUAGUAAUCAAAAGUGCAAGCUACAAGGUUGUUCCUGUGUCUCUGUCAGAGCUGUACUUACUGCAGUGCAAUAUGAAGUUCAUGACAAACUCUGCUUUUGAGCGGGCUCAGCCCAUAUUGAAUGUGGCAUUGGCAUCCCUACAUCCCAUGACAGAUGAGCAGAUUUUCCAGGCUAUUAAUGCAGGACAAAUCAACAGUGAACAACAGUGGGAAGACUUCAGCCAGAGGAUGGAAGCCCUUUCGUGUUUUCUGAUCAAAAGACGUGACAAAACACGUAUGUUCUGCCAUCCUUCCUUCAGGGAAUGGCUUGUCUGGAGAGCAGAAGGUGAAAAUACUGACUUCUUAUGUGAGCCAAGGAAUGGACAUGCUCUACUGGCUUUCAUGUUUUCUCGACAGGAGGGAAAGUUGAACCGCCAGCAAACUAUGGAACUUGGCCAUCAUAUACUGAAAGCUCAUAUUUUCAAGGGUCUCAGUAAAAGGACUGGAGUUUCUUCCAGUCACCUGCAAGCCUUGUGGAUUGGUUAUAGCACUGAUGGACUGUCUACAGCCCUGGCUUCUCUAAGAAACAUCUACACACCCAACGUGAAGGUGAGUCGGCUGCUGAUUUUGGCAGGAGCGAAUGUGAAUUACAGGACUGAAGUACUGAAUAAUGCUCCAGUGCUGUGUGUUCAGUCACACCUUGGACAUGAAGAAGUGGUGACUCUUUUACUGGAGUUUGGAGCUGCUAUUGAUGGAACUUCAGAAAAUGGGAUGACAGCCCUUAGUUACGCGGCUGCUGCAGGUCACAUGAACAUUGUGUCACUGCUGUGCAGAAAAGGUGCAAAGGCUGACCUUGCAGACAAGAAGGGCCAGUGUGCUCUGGUCCAUAGUGCACUGAGAGGGCACUGUGGGAUCCUGGAGUUCUUGCUCAGCCUGGUUUGGGUGAGUCCCUCACGAGAGCAGGAUUCGCUGCGGAAGCGCCAGGCGCUGCAACAAGCACUCACAGCAGCUGCCAGCAUGGGGCACUGCCAGGUGGUUCGUUACAUACUGACAGUUGAAAAAGACCAUGGCAUGGACAUCAAUGACACUGAUGGCUUGUGGGGAGAAACAGCCCUGACAGCUGCUGCAGGACGGGGGAAGCUGGACGUGUGCCGGUUGCUGCUCGGGCACGGAGCGGCCGUGGCCAGAGGCAGCAGGAGAGGAGCGGCCCCGCUGCUCUGCGCCGUCCGCCAGGGCCACUGGCAGAUUGCUAAACUUCUAGUGGAGCAUGGGGCUGAUGUGAAUUUAAGUGACAAGCAAGGCCGGACACCGCUGAUGGUGGCUUCUUGUGAAGGACAUCUGAGCACUGUGGAAUUUCUCCUUUCUGAAGGUGCAACUGUUUCAUCUCUGGACAAGGAAGGACUGUCAGCUCUGAGCUGGGCAUGUCUGAAAGGCCACAAAGAAGUGGUUCAGUAUUUAGUAGAGAAAGGUGCAGCAACUGAUCAGACAGACAAAAAUGGACGAACACCCCUAGACUUGGCAGCUUUUUAUGGGGAUGCUGAUAUUGUGCAGUAUUUGGUGGAGAAAGGAGCAAUGAUUGAGCACGUGGACCACAGUGGCAUGAGGCCACUGGACAGAGCCAUCGGCUGCCGCAACACCGCGGUCGUGGUCAUGCUGCUGAGAAAGGGAGCGAAGCUGGGAAAUGCAGCAUGGGCAAUGGCCACCUCCAAACCCGAUAUUCUCCUGAUUCUUCUGCAGAAACUGAUGGAAGAAGGAAAUACGCUGUAUAAAAAAGGCAAGAUGAGGGAAGCAGCACAGCGCUAUCAGUACGCACUGAGGAAGUUCCCAAGGGAAGGGUUUGGUGAGGAAAUGAAAGCCUUCACUGAGCUGAGAGUUUCAUUAUACCUGAACUUGUCACGAUGUCGCCGCAAAACAAAUGAUUUUGGUAUGGCUGAAGAGUUUGCUACCAAAGCCUUGGAACUGAAGCCUAAGUGUUAUGAAGCCUAUUAUGCCAGAGCAAGAGCCAAGAGGAACAGCAGAAAACUCCUUGCUGCUCUUGCUGACCUGCGGGAAGCCACUCAGCUGUGCCCCAGCAAUCAGGAGAUAAAACGUCUCCUGGCUCGGGUGGAAGAAGAAUGCAAACAAUUCCAGAGAGCACAGCAACAGAAGCAUCAGUCUCCACAGCUACUUGAACAAACCAACAACUCUGAUAAUGAGGAGGAGGGUAUUGUACCAGGUGUGAAUGAUAAUUUUAAUAUUCAAGACAGGGAAGAUGAGCUGCCACACCCCAGUGAAUCUAUUUCCCCUCCACAAAGGCUGCAGUGUUCCUCAGCUACUUCAUUAUGUAGCAGGACCCUUCAAGAAGGUGAUGAGAAAGCUCAGUCUCUGUCCCCUCAAAGCAGAACAAGCAACAAGUACCUGAGAGAGCCAGGCUUGAUCAUGCAGCCAACAAAGCAGGCACAGAUUGUAAAAACUAAUCAGCAUGUGGGCUCCAUCCAGCCUGGAUCUAAACCAGGAGGCAGUCAAUGUAGCACCAAAACACAAUUGUCUUUGCAGCAUCUUCCCCACAGUCCCUUGCCUAUCCGGCACUCCAGAAGUCAACAUGUGGAUGGGACAAGCACAUUGUCAUCUGAAAGCUUUUCCACAGAUCCCACUGCUGAACUGCACAAUGAGAAGCUUGUGCCCAGCCAGCGUUCACAUCCACAGCAUCAUGAGGCUCUUUCUUCUCGUUCUGUUGCUACUAAAUCUAAACCUGGUGACACAUCAACAGCCUCUGCUCCAGUGAAUUUCAGUGACUCAAGGCAGCAAAGUCCUGUACCCAGUGCUGGCUCUUCUGGCUCUCCAUCCAGUAGUGUGAUUCUUGGCAGCUCAUCAAGCAGCUUCACUUCAGCCAGCAGUUUGUCAGGCAGUGGUAAGGGGCUGGGGCCAGAUGUUCGACUCAAGGAGACCAACGCCAGCCAAGCUCAGGGUACUGAGCACCGACCUCGCAAUACCCCGUUUAUGGGAAUCAUGGACAAGACUGCAAGGUUUCAGCAGCAAAACACACAAUCUAGUCGCACUUGGCACUCUCAGGCAGCAGAUGGAUUAUCCACAAACAUUGCUUCUGCAGGCAUUCAGCCCUCCAACUUGGAGCAGUUCUCAGUUAAACACUACUCAACUAAAGGAUCCGCUACAGGUGCUGCCCUGGGAGAGGGGAGCCAGAGCAGCGUGCAAGCAAAAGAAUGUGAGGAGCUCAUGUGCCAAAUCCCUCCCCACUGUACAGACAGCAGAUCAUCCAGCCAAGGUUCUCAUUUAUACCCCGAUGCUGUAGCCAAACUGCCAUCCCACAGCACUCAGGACAGCCCCCUCAGUCACGUCAGCACGGCAAAACCAAAGCGAUCGUUCAUUGAAUCAAAUGUAUAAAUGCUGACAGGCUAGACCUGGCUCACAACGUGGCACGGUGUGACUUUUCUACAGCACACUGACUGCCUAGGCAUGGCUGGGUCCCAGGGAGCAGUCUUUAAUGGGAUACAACCACUUCCAACUGUUCCUACCAUCACAGGGCAGUGACAGUAACUGGAAUAACAAAUUUGUGUAGAAAGACUCAAUUAGGUUAGCCUAGGAGCUUGAGCAGAGAAAUCCUUUCUAUUACAUGUUACCAUUAAAUAAGUGUUUCCUUUCACCUAGGGCUUCAGUCUUGGC